CUGGCUUUAUUGCUUAAGCGCAAUUAAAUUGUUAUGCAUCUCGUCUUGAAUAGGCAAGCGAUUGUAAAAAGUCUGUUGGAUUUCUCGAAUGGAGGUAGCUUAUACAAUCUAUGCCUCAGUUCAUUCAACAAUUAUAACAAGUUUGUCUGGAUUUUGGAGGCCGUUGAAUUUGCAUUCGACAAAGAUUUAGAAAGAAUUUUGGUCAAAUCAACGGGAAUUAGAAACAGUUUCAGUGAUCUAUAAACACACACACACAAAAUAAAGCGCUCAAAUGCACAACCAGUGAACUUGUUCACAUAUUCCCGGUUUUUUUUAAUCAUCAAGAUGGCUUCAAAUCUAGCAGCAAAUUGGAUUAUAAAAGCGCUACCAAGUUAUGCAUUCAGUGUCAGAAGCAAUCAAGCCUUCCAUUAUCAUAGAUAUCACUGCCAACAAAUCGACAGCAAUGUUCAAAUACGUGCUACUCUUCGCUUUCGUCGCCUACGCCUCGGCCGCUGCUGUCAGCACCAGUUCCGAUGAUGCUCAUGCCGAAGUCAGUCUGCUGACGUACGAUGUCCGCGCCGAUGGCUUCGACUCCGCACUGGAGACCAGCAACAGCAUCCACGUCGUGCAACACGGUGAUGCAAAUGGCAACAUCAACGGCGAAUACGGCUGGAUAUCACCCGAAGGCGAACACAUCAGUGUCAACUACAUUGCUGACGAGAGCGGUUACCACCCACAGAGCGAGCUCUUGCCCACAGCUCCCCCAGUACCAGAAGCCAUUGUCAAGGCACUCGCAUACAUCGCUGCUCAUCCCUCAAAGGAAACCCAGAAAUAAGCGAAACACUUCGUAUUAAAAUGGACGAUUGUGAUACGCAACGAUUUUGGAAUGAUGCUAUUGAUUUUGAACUGGAACUUGAACUUAUGGUUCUCAUGAUAUGCUUGGCAAUAUGAAUAUGAGGGAAUCGACAAGCUUUUUCACUUACAUAUUGCCGACUUUUUCAGUUUUAUAUUUUUAAAUUUUUAUUUUGUAAAUAUGUGUGUGUUAAAUGCAAAUAAAAUAAUCCAGCAAACUGGUAAACCAAGCUUUUACUUCUUACAA